AGACAGAAACACGAAAAGUCAAAAUUACGUGGCGUUGUCAAAUCGGAACUGCAGCAGCAGAAAUUAGUAAAAACUUAUUUUUAAAUAAAACGAUUUCAAAAUGAAAGUGCUCGCCCUGCUCGGAACCUGCCUGCUGCUACUGACCUGCUUACCCGCCGCCAGCUAUGCCUACUUCAUCACGGUGGACGCCCACUCGGAGGAGUGCUUCUUCGACCGGGCCGAAUCCGGAACCAAACUCGGACUGAUGUUUGAAACCGUCGAGGGUGGAUUCCUGGACAUUGAGGUGCGAAUCACCGGCCCGGACCAGAAGGUGAUCUACCAGGGCGAGAAGGAGUCUUCCGGCAAGUACACGUUCUCGGCGUACGAAACCGGAAUCUAUCACUACUGCUUCAGCAACAAAAUGUCCACGCUGACGCCGAAGGUGGUCAUGUUCUCGAUGGAAAUCGGCGAAGCGCCAAAGGGAACGAUCGGAGCGGUUAACGAGGGCGAGGCUGGCCACACCAAGCUGGAGGAUAUGAUCAAGGAGCUGUCCGGAACGUUGACCAGUAUCAAGCACGAGCAGGAUUACAUGCACGUUCGUGACCGAAUUCACCGAUCCAUCAACGAAAACACCAACUCCCGCGUCGUGAUGUGGUCCGUUUUUGAGGCCCUCGUGCUCGUGGUCAUGACUGUCGGCCAGGUGUACUACCUGAAGCGAUUCUUCGAGGUGAAGCGCGUAGUGUAAGCGGAUGAUUGUGGAGGAGGAGGAGACGGAGGAGAGAGUCUCUGGAAAUGUGCGUUCUUUCGUUUAAUUUAAAUAGUUUUAUGUUGUCUGAAUACAGGAAAGAAUUUCCAGCGCAAACAAAAAGAAACAA